AUGUCUCCCCAACCGCCCCCCGUGAAAUGCAUCCUCUUCGACGUCGGCGGAGUUCUGGUCGUCUCCCCAAUGCAAGCUAUCCUCGACUACGAACUCGCCAACAGUAUCCCCCCCGGCUUCGUCAACUUCGCCAUCUCCCGCUCCGGCCCCACCGGCGCCUGGUCGCUUAUCGAAACCGGCCAAAUCCCCCUCGACGACGCCUUCUUCGCGACCUUCAAAACCGACCUCACCAACCCCGCGCUAUGGGCCGAAUACUGGAUCCGGCACACGACAAAGGAGAAGAGCGCUGCCCCAUCGCGCUCCAACGUCCCUCCCGUCCCUGACAUCGACGCGAAGCGUCUCUUCUGGACCAUGAUGAAGAUGAGCCGCGCCCCGGACCGCGAUAUGUAUCCGGCGCUGCUGAAGCUGCGGGCGUCCGGGCGGUUCACGCUGGCGGCGCUGAGCAACACGGUGGCGUAUCCGCCGGGGGUGGUGGACGCGGACGGGGUGCCGUUCAGCGCGGAGCUGGCGCAUCCGGCGGGGUCGCCGGAGGAGAAAGUCCGAGAGAUGAAGCAGAACUUCGAGGUGUUCGUGUCGAGCGCGCAUGUUGGGAUGCGGAAACCGGAUCCGCGGAUUUAUGAGUAUGCGGUGGGGGAGAUGAAUCGGGUGCGGAGGGGGGAGGGGAAGGGGGAGGUGAGGAUGGAGGAGGUGGUAUUUAUUGAUGACAUAGGGCAGAACCUGAAGGGGGCGAGAGAGCUGGGGAUGCAGACGGUGAAGGUAACGUUGGGGAAGAAUCGGGAGGCGGUGAAGGAACUGGAGAAGUUGACGGGAUUGAGUUUGUUGGAUGAUGGGAGGUCGAAGUUGUAG